UUUGUUCCAGGACGAGACACCUGGAAAACAUACUCUGAACGUCUGCAAUAUUACUUUGUGGUGAACAAGGUGACAGAUAAGGAAGAAAAGAAGGCAAUAUUUUUCACUGUUUGUGGCGCCGAAUUGUACAACUUGGUGUCGUCACUGCUACUUCCAAAGGCAACAAACGAGGUCGAUAUAGCGGAUAUCUUAGUGGCAUUGUAUAAUCACUUCGAACCGAAGCCAAGUGAAAUUGUUGAAACAUACAAGUUUUACAAACGCGAUCAGCAUGAGGGAGAAUCGAUAGCUGAUUACAUGGCUGAAUUGCGACGACUAUCAGCUCACUGCAAUUUUGUCGAUUUGAACAGAAUGCUGCGUGAUCGUGUAGUGUGUGGUGUGCGUGAUAAAACAGUGCAACAUGCAAUGUUAGCCAAAGAUAAGUUAACAUUCCAGGCGGCUAUUGACAUGGCUACUGCGGCAGAAACUGCUAGUCGAAAUGUGAGUGAUUUACAAGGCGAAGUACGUGAGUUAGCUGAGACUGUAAGUCAAGUAAGCAUUUCGAAAAGUCGGGCCGUCCACGAAAGGGCGUUUCUGUUGAACAGGUCAAAUCCACCUCAAGAGCAGAAACCCUGUUGGCGUUGUAAUGGAUUACACAACCCAGAGAGCUGUAAAUACCGCAAAACAAUGUGUAAUUUCUGUGGUAAAUUGGGCCAUCUGGAAAGAGCAUGUCUCAAUAAAAAGCACAGAACCCAUGCCAGGGAUAUGGGUAAGAAUCCAAAGAGGAACCAGAGUAGUGGCAAUUACAAUGUUGUAUUUGAGGGAGACUCAUCUGAAGAAGCGUCAGAGUAUAGUCUAUUCAAUUUCCAGUCACAGUCACCUAAAAGCCAGCCGCCAAUAAGAAUGACAGUACAUGUGGAUGGAAUGAAGCUAGACAUGGAGGUUGACACAGGUUCUGGGUUUUCGAUUAUUAGUAAAGAUACCUUUGAGCGGCUCUGGCCAGAGAAACCAUCACUACAGGAGGCUAGGUUACUGCUACACACAUGGUCCCAAGAAAAGCUGCGAGUGCUAGGGGUGUUGGACGUGUAUGUGCAAACCAAGUCUGCAACUGCAAGGUUACCAUUAUUAGUGGCUGAAGGGAGAGGUCCCAGCCUCUUAGGACGUAGCUGGUUGGAACCUCUUGGAAUUUCCGUGGAAGGGGUAUUUUUACUUCAGCCUGCAGCGGUGGCAGACAUAGUGAGGCAACAUCCUGGAGUGUUUGCUAGCGUGGAAUUGGGCCACUAUAAAGGACCACCAGUAAAUAUAGAAUUGGAUUCUGAGGCAACACCAGUGUUCCAGAAAUGCCGUUCAGUAGCAUUUGCGUUACGUGAAAGUGUGUGUAAGGAAAUAGACCGACUGGUGGAGCUGGGUGUGUACGAGCCUGUAACUUAUUCACAGUGGGCUACUCCACUUCAUGUUGUGCGUAAGGCAGAUGGAACGGUGCGGCUCUGUGGAGAUUACAAGUGCACAGUAAACACAAUGUGUAAAAAGGAUGUUUACCCACUUCCAACUAUUAAUGAAGCAUUUUAUAACUUGGCAGGAGGAAAGGUUUUCACCAAAUUGGAUUUAGCUGAUGCGUACUUACAAGUGUCAGUGGAUACCGCAACUGCUGAAUUGUUGACUGUGAAUACCAUGAAAGGGCUUUUCAGGGUGAAGCGGUUGCCAUUUGGAAUUAAUUGUGCACCAGCAGUUUUUCAGAGACUAAUGGAAACCUUUGACGACAGUCGUCGUACCCUCCCAGAUACAGAGGCCGUACCUGGCCACCGACGCGGGCCUGAGGGGGGCUGUUUUCCCCCCCAGUGAACCCCAGUGAACCCCAGUGUGUGCAUCGGCUAGGGACGCACCCGCGUGCGCCCUAGCACGCCAGUGUUAUUAUGUAAAUAUUUCUAUGUGUAUAUAUUUCUUUCUCAAUGACAGCGACUUCGUUUAAGUGUGUAUAUAGUGUAACUGUUAUGUAUGUAUUAACUAUCA